UGGCCCGCGCCUUAUAGGCCUCGCUGGUGCUUCCUGCUUCCUCUUUCGCCGAGACCCGCCGACAUGGGCCGCGUUCGCACCAAGACCGUGAAGAAGGCGGCGCGGGUCAUCAUCGAGAAGUACUACACGCGCCUGGGCAACGACUUCCACACCAACAAGCGCGUGUGCGAGGAGAUCGCCAUCAUCCCCAGCAAGAAGCUCCGCAACAAGAUCGCCGGCUAUGUCACGCACCUGAUGAAGCGCAUCCAGAGGGGGCCCGUGCGGGGCAUCUCCAUCAAACUGCAGGAGGAGGAGCGGGAGCGGAGGGACAACUACGUGCCCGAGGUCUCGGCCCUGGACCAGGAGAUCAUUGAAGUGGACCCUGACACUAAAGAGAUGCUGAAGCUCCUGGACUUCGGCAGUCUGUCCAACCUGCAGGUCACCCAGCCUACCGUUGGAAUGAAUUUUAAGACACCACGUGGAGCCGUGUAAAUUUGCCUUGCUGUGAUAUUUUCAGUAAACUUCAUAAAACACCUUG